AUGGAGGCUCUGGUCUUGUUCCUGAUCUGGACUUCGGCUUCAGCUGCUGCAGGGGCCCCGGAUGCAGAGCCUGAGCUCCUGCUGGUCCACACUGGGUCUGUUCUGGGGUCUCUUAGGGACCUGUUUGAGUCUGGAUCUGGUUCAGACCUGACACUGCGGGUCCAGACCUCGGACCUGGACCAGGUGGAGAUCCUACCGGUCCACGCCCUCGUGCUGACCAUUCACAGCCCAGUGUUUGGUCACAUGAUCCAAAGCAGGAAGUCCCCUGUGUUAGAGCUGACGGAGAGUCCAGAGGCUGUGGCGGUCUUUGGCAAGUUCAUCCGAUACCUGUACACUGGGGUCCUGCUGCUCCACCAGAGGGAAGCGCUCUCUCUGCACAGACUCUCCUGUAAGUUCAACGUGAGCUCUUUGAGGCAAGGCUUAGAAGAGCACAUGGCGCAGGUCCUGGACUCUGAUUGGCCGGGGGCACUGGUCACUUCCUGGUUGGAGUACGCGGUGCAGACGGGGCAGCCGUGGCUGCAUGAGCGGUGCAUUAGCACGCUAGCUCUGAACCUGUACGCGCUGCUACAGAGCGGAGGCUUUGCUCGCCUCUCCACAGACCUGCUCCUGGACCUGCUCUCGCGCUCAGACCUGGUCCUGUACUCUGAGCUGGACCUGUUCCAUGCGGUCCAGACCUGGAUCCAGACCAAUGACCCGGACGGGCUCACGGCCGAAAACGCUCUGCGGAACAUACGCUAUGCCAUGAUCCCGCCUCAGGACCUAUUCCAGAUCCAGGCCCUGUCCCCGGUCUUGCAGAGGUACCAGGACUCUGUGAGAGACCUGCUCCUCUGGUCUUUCCAGUUCCACUCCGGCUCCCCGCGCUCCACAGGAGGGCGCUAUCUGGACCUGAACUGCUCUUUGUUCAUCCCUCGGGUUUAUCUGGGUCCUGACUGGGGCCAGGCCUGGACCAUCACAGACGCAAGACAGGACCAGCACAGCCUCAGCCUCCAGACUCAGCUCGGUCCCAGUGGAUCUGAUCGGUUCCGGAGAGUCCAGUGGAACGUGAGGUACUCUCCCAUGUGGUCUACGUCCCGCCCCACCCCCUCUUGGAGCCCCGCCCACAUCAGUGUCACUCCUGCUGCCGCUGCUCCAGAGCUCUCUGGAAUUCUGUUCCACAAGAGCCUCCUGCUGGUGGGACCAGGGAACUGCAGCCUUCGCCUCUGCCACUUCCACCUCAGCAGCAGCGAGAAUCCGGACUGUCUGAAGACCCAGGACAGGGACCAGAUACAGGUCCACCUGGUAAUCCGGCCAGUCUACCAUGGGCUGAACUAG